AUGUCUGAUGCUCCUAUUGAAGUCGAGGUCGCCGCCGACACCACCGCCCGCGGCCAGAUGUCCGUCGAGGAGGCUCUCCAGGACGUUUUGAAGCGUGCCCUUGUCCACGACGGUCUUGCCCGUGGUCUCCGUGAGUGCGCCAAGGCUCUUGAUAGACGCCAGGCCCACAUGGCCGUCCUUGUCGAGACCUGCACUGAGAAGGAGUACAUCAAGCUCGUCGAGGCUCUCUGCGCCGAGCACAACAUCAACUUGAUCAAGGUCUCUGAUGCCAAGAAGCUCGGAGAGUGGGCUGGUCUCUGCAAGAUUGACCGUGAGGGUAACGCCCGCAAGGUCGUCGGCUGCUCCUGCGUCGUCGUCAAGGACUUCGGUGAGGAGUCCGAGGCCAUGAACGUCCUCCUCGAGUACUUCAAGACCCGUUAA